UGCCUGUCAGCCUCCAGAGUGACACACAGCGUGAAGGCAGCUCGCAGGCAAAGAGUCAAACAUCUCCCUCCUGCUGGAUAUUGCUCCUUAUUGUCAUCACGCAUUGCUCGGGACUGUUUUUUUUUUUUUUAAUGCCGUGCGUAAAAGGCGCAUUCGGACACGAUGGAUUUGGUUCUCGCUGGAGAUCCUGGAGAAUGCGCACUGAACGCCACCACUGCGGGAGUUAAGAGUUCGGAAGUGCUCCGUGUGAAUCAAUAGGAGAAGUCCCCCCUUGCAGAUAUGAACUCCACGGCAGCGCAUGCGGGGAGAUUUCAACCGCCCACCAUCCCGGCGAUUAUGUUCAUUUUCGGGGUGGUGGGGAACGUCAUCGCGAUCGUGGUUCUGCGGAUAUCACGAAAGGAACAGAAGGAAACAACUUUUUACACCCUGGUGUGUGGCUUGGCGGUCACGGACCUGCUGGGCACGCUGCUGGCCAGUCCCGUCACCAUCGCGACCUACGUGAAGGGCGCGUGGCCCGGCGGCGAGCCCCUGUGCCAGUACACCGGCUUCAUUCUGCUCUUCUUCUUCUUGGUGCAGCUGUGCAUUGUGUUCGCGAUGUCAGUGGAGAGGUACUUGGCAAUAAACCACGCGUACUUCUACAACGAGUACGUCAACCAAAAGCUCGCCGCGCUCACCCUUUUGGCCAUUUACAUGUCCAACAUCGUGUUCUGCGCGCUGCCCAGUGUGGGGUUCGGGAAGGUGACGCGCCAGAUGCCGGGCACGUGGUGCUUCAUCGACUGGAAGAACAACCAGACGACGGUGGCGACUUUUAAUUUGAUGUACGCGGGCGUGAACUCGGUGAUCGUGCUCGCCACCAUCAUAUGCAACGUGAUGGUGUGCGCGGCGCUGAUCCUGAUGCACAAGCGGUUCAUCCGACGCACGUCUCUGGGCGCCGACCAGAGGCGCUUGUCGGACCUGCGGCGCAGGCGCAGUUUCGGACGGUUGGCUGGAGCGGAGAUCCAGAUGGUGAUCCUGCUGAUAGCGACCUCGGCGGUGGUUCUCAUCUGCUCCAUACCGCUAGUGCUGAGGAUCUUUGAGAACCAGCUGUCCAGAAACAAGACGGAGGAGCGCUCCGGGCUGAAUAAAGACCUGCUGGCCAUCCGCAUGGCCUCCGUCAACCCCAUCCUGGACCCUUGGAUCUACAUCCUGCUCAGUAAGACGGUGGUCCUGAAGCUGAUGGAGAAAAUCAAGUGGCUGUUCUGUGAGAUGGGCGCUCGGGGCCGAGGGGGGGGCGGCGGCGGGCGCUUCCGCUGUGCCGACUCCCGCCUCUCGUCCUCCGUCGUGUCGCGAGACUCCCCGUCGCUGGUGUUGAGGGAGCCGAAGGUGAUGGCGAGCAGCUCCCAGACCGUGUUGUACCCGUGUGAGGGCGCCGAGAGGGCGGCGGACGCGGGGUCGCCUGACGCGAGGUCGCCGGACGCGGAGAGGCCGCCGCCGGCACAGACGUCGGGGGUCACCCGGGAGGUCGAGGCCUCGGGGGACAGGGCGGCGGCCUUGAGAGAACUUCUGAUGUGUCGCAAGGACCCGACGCUGCACGUGACCUUCACGGACGAGAGCGCCAACACGCAGGAGAAAUGCAUAUGAGGGAGCGAGGAGGGAAGCAAGAGACGCGAGACUAAAGGAAACGCUUCUGAAGACCAGCGGAGGACGAAGCAUGAGCUGAGCAGCUCGGUGUCAGUCUGACCUGAAUGUGUGUGUGUGUGUGUGUACUUGUACUGCGAUCUUUGUGAGGACCAAUAUAAGUCAUAGACCUUCAGAGCGAGGAGCUUUUUGGAAGGUGAGGACCUUGUUGGCUGGCGCAGUCAUCCAUCCACCUGCAGAUAUCACGCUGUAUUAUUGAACUUAAUAUUCAUAAUCCAUGUAUUAAUUUACCAGAAAAGCACAUCACUAAAUACACGUCAGUCCAAUCAAAGCAGCUCCAAACUGAACCCGAGGAGCUCUCGUUGUUGUUGUUGUUGUUGUUGUCUGUUUCCACAACCUCCCAAUUAAUGUAAAGAAAAUGUGAAAAGAGUUCCACGAUGUUAAUUUAUUGUACGUUUUCUACACAAUUGUAUUGUUUUUCAAUUGUUAUUUUCUUCCCUGUGAGAAGGUCCAUAUAGUUUUGAGCCAUUUUAAAUUGGUACAUGAUAAAUAUACAAUAUACAUAUAUAAAAGUCAGCGGUGGCUUUUCCCCGAUACACAGGCAGUGGAGAAUGUCAAUAGGAGCCUUCUAAUGUAAUAUGUUAUUAUAAAAUCAUUAAUUUGACUCCAUCCAGCCCAUUUCCUUGUAAAGGUUGAACUUCAUCUCAUUUGUCGGGUGCACUUCCUCAUCUAAUCGGACUUUAUGGGCUGAUUAAGACAAUAUUACAUUUCCUGAUGAGUUUAAAGGUUUUGCUUUUUCUUAGAUGGAUUUAUAUAAAGAUUGAUAUAAAUACCAUGUUCAUGUUUCAAUGUUAACGUGUCAAAUGUACCAUAAAAUGUGUUAAACCUCUUGUGAACAAUGUUGUAUACCGAACUCUUAAAUAAACAAAAGUUGGUAAAUAUUCA